GGUGACGUCACCGUCAGUCUGACCAGCAUGAGGCGCAUACUCAGUGCGAAUUUAUUGAGGAAGAUCAGUUUAUUAGGUAGGAAUCAUAGUCCAUCUCAUGCCUCUCUGACAGCAGGACGGCAGCGAGUGUUUCUACUGAGUUUCUGCAGGAAAUCAUCGACUGAGCGCACAAACAUGGACCUGAGCGACAUGAGGAAGAAAUACAAAGGAGACGAGGAGUGUUUUGAGGAGAGUCAUCUUGCGUCUCUGGACCCGAUCAAACAGUUUGGAAACUGGUUUGAUGAAGCAGCAAAGUGUCCAGAGAUCGGAGAGCCUAACGCCAUGUGCAUCGCCACGGCAACCAAAGACGGACGUCCGUCUGCUCGGAUGGUCCUCCUGAAAGGUUUCAGCCACGAAGGUUUCCGUUUCUUCACAAACUACGAGAGCAGGAAAGGUUCAGAGCUGGAGAGUAAUCCGUACGCCUGUCUGGUGUUUUACUGGGAGCCUCUGAACAGACAGAUUCGCAUCGAGGGCACCGUGGAGCGGAUCCCCCUCCAGAGCUCCUGUGAUUACUUCCACUCCCGACCGAAGAGCAGCCAGAUCGGAGCGGUGGUGAGCCGGCAGAGCACGCCGGUCCCCGACAGAGACUUUCUGAGGCAGAAAAACGCAGAACUGGAGGAGAAAUACAAAGACUCAGAGGUGCCGAUGCCCGACUACUGGGGGGGCUACAUGGUGAAGCCGUACUACAUGGAGUUCUGGCAGGGUCAGACCAACCGGCUGCACGACCGCAUCGUCUUCACGCGGCCGCGGGACGGAGAGACGGCGCUGCAGGAGUUCCAGCACGCUGCAGAGGGAGGCUGGGUGUACCAGCGCCUCUCCCCCUGAAACACCGCAUCUAUAAACUCUCCAUCUUUACCUCAGUGGACGUAAAAGACAUUGUGUCGUCUUUCUGUUUGUGAUGUCAGACCGCCUGGUGCACUGUGCAACUUCUCCACAGACAGAAAGAGCAAACUCCAGCUGCUCCUGUCAAACAAUGACAGUAACAUCAGUUAGUUUUUAACCUUUAGGACGUGAAAACUGUGUCUUAUUUGUGUAAAAGCACAACCUGAACCACUCACUGUCACUUCCCCACUGAUGCAGCUUCCUCUGCAACAUUUUCAGCGUUUUAAAAUAUUGGUAACACUUUAAUUUUACAGAUCUGUAAUUUAAAAGUUCUAGCGAAGAUCCAGUUUGUAAUUUUGUGCCAAUAAUAGAGAAAAUAAAGAGACAUUUUCCUGAUAAUAAGAACUCACUUACAAACCAGGAACCUUCUUGAGAAUUUACAGUUAUUAAAGUGAAUUAUAGUACCAAUAAAAUGCAGUGUAACUAAAUUAUUCUGACUUGAUUCCAUUAUGGAUUGAUGCAUCAGUCUAACUGCCUUUUAACAAAGAGAUUAAAAGAGAUGAAGAUGAUGAUGAUGAUGAUGGUUUAAUUUGUGCCAACUGUUGAGAUUGUUUGUUUGAUUUUCGC